GAAAUAAAGUUUUGAAAAUUGAAGUUGAUGGUAUCAUCUUUCUUGCUAGAUAUAUCAGACGAGAAGUGGUCGACCCAGUGCCGGAAUCGUUUGACUGGAGAUCCAAGAACAUGGUAACGGCAGUAAAAGAUCAAGGUUCCGCGGGGUCAUGCUGGGCAUUCAGCACGAUCGGAAAUUUGGAGGGACAGUGGGCGAUGGCGGGAAAACAACUAACGAACCUCUCUGUGGAACAGGUGGUGGAUUGUGAUGGAAUGGAAGAUAUUAAGGGAGGUAAUGCUGAUUGUGGAGUAUUUGGGGGAUGGCCUUACCUUGCUUACCAAUACAUAAUGAGGGCGGGUGGCCUGGAGACGUGGGAGGAUUACUGGUACUGCUCCGGUCUAGGCGGGGCCCCGGGAACUUGUGAAGUGUGCCCGGCUCCUGGGUAUAAUACCUCCCUAUGUGGCCCGCCAAUUCCGUACUGUAAUAUGAGUCAAAGCUGUAUUGUCAAGCUGAACAAGUCCAAGUUUGUUCCUGGAUUCAAGGUCAACACAUGGAAGGCCAUCAGUGAGAAUGAGACAGUGAUUGCAGACCAGUUGAUGCAGAUUGGUCCACUCUCGGUCGCAUUGGACGCGGAACUGCUACAGUUCUACCACAGUGGUGUCUUCUCCACCUACUUCUGUUCAAAGACGAAACUCGACCAUGCUGUGCUUCUAGUGGGGUUCGGCAAGGAGAAGGGAUUGUUUGAGACCACAGAUUACUGGACUGUGAAGAAUUCCUGGGGUCCCAAGUGGGGCGAAAGUGGCUACUUCCGGAUCAAACGCGGGGACGGAAUGUGUGGCAUUAACACUGCGGUCACCACCGGUGUGCUUGGUGCAUGACCGUUGUGACAUCAUGGACUCCGUGAUUCUUCGCUAAUUAUUACGAUACAACGACGAGAGGUGUAUAAGGAGGAAGGAAAUGACCAAAUUAUAUUGAUAGAUAUAUUAUUUUUGUAUUGAUAAUUUUGAGAUUAUAAAAUAUGUUUGUAAAAUUAUGGUGUACCACUUUUGACAAUUAAGAAAAUACCAUACUAUGGAAAAGGUAUUGUGCUUGUAUUGAUUCCACUUUUAAUCAUUUGAGUGCAGUUCAUAUGCGAUUAAGGUCCGGAAAAUAGAUUUAUUGUAGAGUUAUGAUAAACCAGAAAAGUCAACUGAUUUGGACACUCUAUAACAUGUCGAUUAAAAUAUGGGUUUAAAUGUGUUUUUAGGAACCUACGGUAAUUUAAAAUGUUCAAUAACGUUUUAUUUUUUGAAAAUAUGUCUACAUGCAACUAUAUAUGCUUGAUGUGAUUUGUCAGGUACAUGUACAUUUUGAAAGUUACUCUUUAAGCUUCUCUUGAUGAAAUGACAUCUUACAUUUGGAGGCAACAGACCCUUAUUUUGAAUGAUAUGUGGAUCUUUCAAUAUUUGAAAAAAAAUGAUGUGACUUCUUAUAACACUGCACUCCACAGAGUUCUCCAUUGAUGGUCAUACAUUUGUUGCUAUUCUUUUAUUUCUUUGCCCAUUUACAGGUGCCGUUUUUCUCUACGGAAAAUGGGCCUCCAUAAAAUCUAAUUUUAAUUUGACCUCGACUCAGUUGUUACCUUUAGUUAAAAAAAAAUGUUUUAUCCGAAAAUAAGUGUGUCAUAUUUCCUUUAAUUUUUGUUUUUUUUGCGUCUGUGGUUAUUGUUUAUAAAUGUAUUUUGCCAAAUUUGAGAUUAUGAAAUGCAUUCCAUGGACGUUUACACUUAUCUACCCGAAAUCAAUCAAUCUUCAUUCCUGUGCAAAAGAAGACGUGUAGGAUUGAAUUAAGUUCAGGUGAAAAAAUGGUACUGCAUUAAAAUACAAUACAUAAAACACACCAUUUGUACUCUCUUGAAGAUGUUUGGUUUCUGGCCGUCUUUGUCGGACUCAGAUUAUGUAUAUUGUUAUUUGUUUGACUGUGAUUGAUAAUCUAAUAAAACCCAUAUUUGUUGAUUU